UUCUGUUCUCUCUCCUCUUCUCUCUCCCUCUGUCCCUCUCUCUUUCUCCUGUCCUCCUCUCUUCUUUUUCCUCCUCCUCUUUCCCUCUCUGUCCCUCUCACUCGUUUUCCUGCCUCCUCUGUGUCCUCUUUUUUCCCCUUUCUAUCUUUCCCUCUGUGUUCCCCUCCCUCUUUCCCUCUCUGUCCUUCUGUCUCGCUCUCCUUCUCUCCCCCCACCUCUCUCUCUCUGCCUCUCUCUCUCACCGGUGUCCUGUUUCUUCACGGCUAAAGGACUCUCCUGUCACCCGCUGUGCUGAUUGUUUGUGUGUGUGCGUAUGUGUGUGUCCGUGCUUGCGUGCGGGAUCAGCCGGCCCGUGUGAACGGUGUGCUCAAACCCCUCCCCUCCAUGCGGGAUUGAAGGGAACACAGGAAGAGCUUUGUUGUAGUAGUCAGCUCGAUCGCUGGGCUCCGGCCAAAGUGCUGCUUUCAGCAGCUCUUGCUCCGGAUGAAUGGAGGACGGCCAUCGCGCGCCGACUCUCACCGUCGUCCAGGCUGAUCGGGGGGCUGCCUGCGCACCCCUGCGUGGAUUCGGCAGCAUCACGCGGGCAUGCGGCUCCGCAGCGGAAGGCGCGGAUGAGCCGCGUGUGCAUCGUGGUCCUGGAGGAGGAGGAGGAAGUGGAGCCCUCCUCCUUUCGCUCCAGAGAGCCUCCAGCACGCUCUCCCCGGCACGGUUCUGACGCAGACUCCGCACAAGCCAAGCCUUCGCUCCUGAAAGCUAUUUUUAAUGUGGAUCCCGAUGAAGUCCGCUCCCUGAUAUUCAAGAAGGAAGAUGUCAAUGUACAGGACAACGAGAAGAGGACGCCUCUGCACGCCGCCGCGUACCUGGGCGACUCGGAGAUCAUCGAGCUGCUGAUCCUGUCAGGAGCGAGGGUUAAUGCCAAAGAUCACAAGUGGCUGACCCCGCUGCACCGGGCUGUGGCAUCCUGCAGUGAGGAGGCUGUGCAGGUACUGCUGAAGCACUCGGCCGAUGUCAAUGCACGGGACAAGAACUGGCAGACGCCGCUGCACGUAGCUGCAGCCAACAAGGCGGUGCGCUGUGCAGAGGCGCUGGUGCCGCUGCUCAGCAAUGUCAACGUGUCGGACCGCGCGGGCAGGACCGCCCUGCACCACGCCGCCUUCAGUGGCCACCUGGAGAUGGUGAAACUGCUACUUUCCAGAGGUGCCAACAUUAAUGCCUUUGACAAGAAGGACCGCCGGGCGAUCCACUGGGCUGCCUAUAUGGGCCACAUAGAGGUGGUGAAGCUCCUGGUCUCUCACGGUGCCGAGGUGACCUGCAAGGACAAGAAGGCGUACACCCCACUCCAUGCGGCCGCGUCCAGUGGCAUGAUCAGCGUGGUCAAGUACCUGCUGGACCUGGGAGUGGACAUCAACGAGCCGAAUGGGUAUGGCAAUACGCCGCUCCACGUGGCCUGUUACAACGGGCAGGAUGUGGUCGUCAAUGAGCUCAUCGAGUCUGGGGCCAACGUCAACCAGGUGAAUGAGAAGGGCUUUGCGCCGCUGCACUUCACGGCGGCCUCGCGACAUGGGGCGCUCUGCCUGGAGCUGCUCGUCAGCAACGGCGCCGAUGUCAACAUCAAGAGUAAAGAUGGGAAGACUCCUCUGCACAUGACCGCCAUCCAUGGCCGCUUUUCCAGAUCCCAAGCCAUCAUCCAGAACGGGGCCGAGAUAGACUGUGAAGACAAGAACGGCAACUCCCCCCUGCAUAUCGCAGCACGCUAUGGCCACGAGCUGCUGCUCAACACGCUCAUCACCAAUGGGGCCGACGCUACCAAGCGUGGCAUCCACGGCAUGUUCCCACUGCACCUGGCGGCUCUUAGUGGCUUCUCAGACUGCUGUCGCAAACUCCUAUCAUCCGGCUUUGACAUCGACACCCCCGAUGACUUUGGGAGGACCUGUUUACACGCGGCGGCAGCUGGAGGGAAUCUGGACUGUUUGAAUCUGCUCCUCAACACUGGGGCCGAUUUCAACAGGAAGGACAAAUUUGGAAGGACGCCCCUGCAUUACGCCGCAGCUAACUGUAACUACCAGUGCCUCUUCGCCCUGGUUGGCUCUGGGGCAAGUGUGAACGACCUGGACGAGAGGGGCUGCACCCCACUGCACUACGCGGCCGCCUCUGACACGGACGGAAAGUGUCUGGAGUACUUACUACGUAACGACGCGAAUCCCGCGAUCCGGGACAAGCAGGGUUACAAUGCAGUCCACUACGCCUCGGCAUACGGCCACCGCCUGUGCCUGGAGCUGAUCGCCAGCGAGACGCCCCUCGAUGUGCUGAUGGAGACCUCAGGGACGGAUGUUCUGAACGACUCUGACAACCGUGCCCCUGUCAGUCCUCUGCACUUAGCGGCAUAUCAUGGGCACCACCAAGCUCUGGAGGUUCUGGUUCAGUCCCUGCUGGACCUGGACGUCCGGAACAGCCAGGGCCGCACACCACUGGACCUGGCUGCCUUCAAGGGCCAUGUGGAGUGUGUGGAUGUGCUCAUCAACCAGGGAGCGUCCAUCCUGGUGAAGGACUUCACCCUGAAGCGCACGCCGAUCCACGCUGCAGCCACGAACGGCCACUCGGAGUGCCUGCGCUUGCUGAUUGGGAACGCGGACCUGCAGACUGCUGUGGACAUCCAGGACGGAAAUGGCCAGACCCCACUGAUGCUGUCCGUCCUCAGCGGCCACACGGACUGUGUAUACUCCUUACUCAACAAGGGGGCCAACGUGGAGGCCAAAGACAAGUGGGGCAGGACCGCCCUGCACCGCGGGGCAGUCACCGGCCAUGAGGAGUGCGUCGAGGCCCUACUACAGCACAACGCCAGUUUCCUGGCUCGGGACUGCAGGGGGCGCACUCCCAUUCACCUGGCGGCAGCCUGCGGGCACAUCGGGGUGCUGGGGGGGCUCCUGCAGGCUGCCCAGUCUUUGGACUCCGUGCCCAUCAUCACAGACAACCGGGGCUACACGCCCCUGCACUGGGCCUGUUAUAACGGCCACGACACCUGUGUGGAGGUGCUGCUGGAACAGGAGGUCUUUCAAAAGAUGGAAGGGAACUCAUUCAGCCCCCUGCACUGCGCUGUGAUCAGUGACAAUGAAGGAGCAGCAGAGAUGCUGAUCGACACGCUGGGCCCCAGCAUCGUCAAUGCCACUGACACAAAGUGCAGGACGGCUCUGCACGCCGCCGCUUUCACGGACCACGUGGAGUGUUUGCAGCUGCUGCUGGGGCACGAGGCCCAGGUGAACGGCGUAGACGGCUCGGGGAAGACGGCGCUCAUGAUGGCGGCCGAGAACGGGCAGACGAACGCCGUCGAAGUGCUAGUGAGUAGCGCCAAGGCAGACCUCACGCUGCAGGAUGCCAACAAGAACACUGCUCUCCACUUGGCCUGCAGCAAGGGACAUGAAACAAGUGCCUUGUUAAUACUGGAGAAGAUAACCGACCGGAACCUCAUCAACUCGACGAAUGCAGCCUUGCAGACGCCUUUGCAUGUGGCUGCCCGCAACGGUCUGACCGUGGUCGUGCAGGAGCUGCUGGGGAAGGGCGCCAGCGUGCUCGCGGUCGACGAGAAUGGUUACACCCCUGCCUUGGCGUGUGCCCCAAACAAAGAUGUGGCCGACUGCCUCGCCCUCAUCCUGGCCACCAUGAUGCCCGUGUCUCCCAGCAGCGCCAGCAUCCCCAGCCUGGGUUUCAACGCCAUUAACCACUACUCCAGCCCGUCCAAAACGGUGACCUUUGACACUCUGCCCACACUGAGGACCGAGCACAGCUCCUACUGCAGUUUCAACAACGUGGCCCGCGAGGACGGCUUCUAUGCCCCGGACGACGAGCUCAACGACUCGGACUCGGAGACCUACUGAGGACCCCAUGUGUACCCGCUUCCCCGACUCGACCCUGUCCCUGUCUUAAUCGCUAGGGCCCGCCUGGUGGAGACCCACCCCCCCAGCCGGGUGUCCCGAAGACUCAGGAGCCUUAAAUCGUUGGAGAGAGCGGGAGAGUAGCGCACGCUGGCCCACACUGUUUCUCACCUACCUGUGCUUCUUUCCUUAUCCUCGUCGGCGGUGCCAGAAAUCUUUCCAGCUUUCUCGUGACUCUGUUCUUCUUUUGUUUUCCGAAAUGAAAGGAAAGUUUUAAACAUGAAUUAAAAAAAAAAUAAAAAAAUACCGUCUCCCAUUGAGCCAACCUGUCGGCAAAACUCGGGCGGCGUGCCGGCGUGACGCAAGCACUCGGAGGAAACGAGGCCAAAGGGACCAAGUGGCGAGCAGGUGUUUGCAAGCCCUCGUUUAGCAUGAAUACGACGUAAAAGGAAGAAGAGAGACAGGGAGCGAGGGGUCGUGUCGGCCGUGGGUAAUUUAUUGUGUCCAGUGACAGAGUUCUGAUUUCUGUGACGUCUCGGUACACUCGCAGAUUUCAAGAUGCGCCUCCUCACCUCAAUAAUCAAAUACUGGGGAAGAAAAAAGUAAAUUAUUUUUUGGGACGAAAUUUUAAUACGAUGGUCUUUUCUCACGCAUUUCGUACGUAUGAUUUUUUCCGAGACCAGCGACGCGUGGUGCAGACAGGGUUUUUACACUAAAGCUGCAGUCCCCGUGCGCUUGCCAACCACCUCUGACCGCUUCCCCGUCACCCCUCCCCACCCCACCCCCCCACGGUCCAGACCGCCAGGACGGUUUCACUCGCGGGCCAGCGGGGAGUGUAGCGGGAGACGGAGAUCAAACCGUGAGAAUAAGCUGUCCCUUCCAAUGCUUUUGUUACUUUAGAAAUAAAAUCACUGUUUUUCUCCUUUUUUUCCAUGGCGAUAUCAGUUCUUUUCGCCUCUCCACGUGCCUUCUGGAGCUGGACGGGGGCGUCCACCCUCUGCCUCCGCCGCGGAGUACAAUUUCAGCCUGCAGAAUUGUUAUACAAUAAUAACUUAAGCAAAGUAAAGCACCUAUAUUUUCUGUCCCGGUGUGCGUGGGGCAUCCGGUACCGAGUAGCAGCGCGCCAUCCGGUUAAACAGGCUCGAUUAGGUCCAAUUUGGCCAUAGCUUAACGAGAGGGGACCUCGACACUAAAACAGUUCUGAAGGAUGGCAUCAAACAACAGGCCAGUAGCACAAUGCAGACUGAGACCUUAAGCCCAUGGAGAAGUAAUCAGUGGCAGGUUAGCCUGACUGGUCUUGUAAUCCCAUUUUGUUUUUAUUUCUUUGUUUGUUUUUUUUCCCCUCCGUCUGUGAAGCCAUUUUGUUUGCGUGUGUUUAAUUAAAAUCUUAUUUCAAAAAUCUAUUUUAAACUGGAUUUGUGUACAAUGCUGAUUUUAUGCCGUUGGAAUGGGAUAGUCUCUCUUUCCGGAAGGACGGAGCUGGCUUGUACAUAGUAACAGUGACCGCCCGGACACUUAUACCUGCGUCCUUUCAGUACGUCUGGGAUUCCUGUAUAUUUUAUGGAUAAUAAAAUCCAGAAGUGGGUUAUGUAAUUUAA